AUGUACAGCUUUGUCCCAACAGUGGCAUCUGAAUCCAGUGAGCUCUGGCCUUUCUAUGUGACCGGUCACAUGGCGAACAGCCUUGAAAUCGUAGAUACUUUCGUGGGCCAGGGUGUGAACGCUAUAGAGGCGGACCUCACGUUUGCGUCCGACGGAACGGCGGAGAAGUUCUACCAUGGAGACAUCUGUGACUGCGCUCGCGACUGCGACAGAUCUGCAGAUGUUGGCACGUACCUCUCCUACCUCAGGGACGCCGUCAAUGAAGGUGGAAAGUUCGCUGGAAAGCUGCAGCUUCUCUACGUCGACAGCAAAACUGAGAGCCUUUCCAGUGACACGAAAUACCAGGCCGGCAUCAACCUCGCCAGCAGCUUGAUAAACCUUCUUUGGGACAAUGGCGCAAUUUCCUCGGAGUACAUGCUAAACGUUGUCGUAACCGUGUCCUCAAUUAACGAUAAAGACGUCUUUGCGGGAGCACUGGACACCUUCAAGCAGGCUGCAAGUUCACCGCUCUUCUUGGAGCACGUGGGUUUUGGCAUCAGUGGAUGCGAGGAUCUGAACGUCGUCGCCGACGAAUACGAAGAGCUGGGUAUUAGUCAACAUCGCUGGCAGGGCGAUGGGGCCACUAACUGCCUGAUCGAGAUUUACUGGGAAGCGUGCACCAAAGAUGCGACAUCACGACGAACUGCUGCGAACACGACUCACGACUAUGUGGACAAGGCAUACGUCUGGACUGUCGACACGCCAAUCGACAUGCGUCGAUUCUUAAGGUUGAAUAUAGAUAGCAUGCUGACCAAUGAUCCAUCAACUCUUCUGAGGGUCCUCCAAGAAGAUGAGUUUUCGAAGAUGUACCGGCCUGCGACUUCCCAGGAUAGCCCAUGGAAGCGCAUUGUUUGAAUUGGAGAU